CCGGAUCAACAUUAUCGGCGCAGCGGUCGCGAUUAGAGGUGAUUCAAUCGCAAAGCGGGCUUUCUUUGUCUUCUGGUGAUCUAUCAAUUCACACACGCGGAUCGUCUACUAUGAGUAUAAGUAGCGAUGUCGAUUCAACACGAAGUAACAAUAUACCUUCAUUGUUGACGCCGCCGCCGUCAUCAUCAUGGCAGCAGCAGCAGAAUCAACAAGGUUUCAAUGAUAUGCAGCAGCAGAAGCAUCCCUUGCCUAACAGACACAACAACAGCAACAACAGCACUAAUAUCCGCAACGCUACCAGCAGAAGUAAUGACAACGACAGUAACAACAACAAGCGCUCAAGUACUGCUAGUACUUCUGUUACAAAGUCGAAUCGUUUCAAGAACAAUAACAGCGACAAUAACCACAUCCGUUCACCACAUUCAGCCAAUGCUGUAUUGCUGUCUUCUUUCCGACCUUCUGCGCAUCCCAAUCGACGAGACCAAGAAAACCGCUUCGGCACACAUUAUAGCGAUCCACCGAUGAGUAGAAGAUCAACGACAGCCGGAGCGUUUCGGCUGGGAAGCAACGACAACAGAAACGACAACAACAACAGCGUCAGUAUUAGUUGUCCCACUAGUAAUAAUCCCAGUGCUAGCAAUUUUGAUUAUAGUUAUGACGAGAAAUGUGUACUGCGUCAACUGUAAAUUUCCACUUUAACACCCAGUAUCCAAC